GCGGCUAUAUAUGACACUGCGUAAGCACCAGUAGAUUCAAAAGCGGAAAGACACAAGCCUCUAACUGGGACACGAGUCUAGUGCAUCCGAUUGGAUUAUCACCAGGUCCCUUGGCGCAGUGAGAGUACCGCUGACCAUCCGGGUCUGUGCCGCCGCGGUCGUAGACGUAUACAUCUCUAUCGCCAUCUCUUGGGUGCUGCGUAUGAGGAAGACUGGAUUCAGACGAACGGAUAGUAUGAUCAAUACACUGACCGUGUAUAUAAUCAACAGGGGGUUUCUCACGGCGUGAGUGCUUCUGGUACUGUUGAAGGUUUCCUCGAUGCGUACUGUUAUGUCAGCGUGCUGCAGGUUGUAUUCCUCGGAAUGUAUCUGGGCUCCAUCAACCAAACCAAGUUAAUAUGGGCGAUUCCCUACUGCGCUGGGAGUAAAGUCUACGUCAAUUCCAUGAUGGCAGUUCUAAAUGCUCGUAACCACUUGAGAGACGAUUUGUUACAUCGUGAGGAUGAGCUGUCCGGAUUUGAAGUGGCGUAGUCUGGGUCAUAUUCAUAUCCAUGGCAGUCCGCCUCGCAAGUUUGUAGUACAAAAUAGCAUGUACCGUUGACGUCACAUCAUAAGUCCAGAUAUCGCAGCGUGGCCGCAGGACUGAACGCGACACGAAUGAGCAGGACUAUGUUCAGAGAUGUAGCCAAAGACAAUAUGCAUGAGC